GAGAGAGAGAGAGACUCAGUGAGUGGUGUAGAGGAUGCAGCAGGGCUUGCUCAUCGGAUCCCUGUAGCUGGGGAGUGUGUCAUGUUACAGAGGCGCCCGAGCCGGGCCGGCACACCUCCGAGGAGGCGGCAGUGGCAGACACCUCUCUCUAAUGGGGACUCUUUAGGCGCUCCCUCCCUUGCUCCGCCGCGGAACCGAAACUGACAAACCCCGGGGGGACCCACCCCAGUCAGAGGAAGGAGGAGGAGGAGAAGAAGAAGGAGGAGGAGGAGGAAGACGAGGAGGAGGAGGAAGAGCAACAGGAGGCGGAGGACACUAGCUCGCUGGCCCGCUCGCUCUCUGGAGCUCGCUCCCUCUCGGCACAAGUCCCCGGGCCGCCGCCGCCGAGCACCGAGCGCGCCGAGCUUGGGUCCCGCCGCCUGCUCCGGACUCCUGCGCGUUGCGCGCGGCCCGCUCGGCUCUCCAAGUUUGCGCACCGGCCCUCGCCACCACCGUGCCCCUCAGCCCCGUCCUCCGCGCCGCUGGCUGGCUGCCCCCCUGAGCGCCCGCACGCCCGAGGGAGACCGCGAGCGGACCCGCGCCGCCGCACUGCUUUCUCGGCCCCCGGGCGGACGGACCGCGGAGGACGGGCAUGAUCGAGGACAAGGCUCGCCACGGGGCCAGCGAGGCGGCGGCGGCGGGGGCCCGGGGGGAGCCGUGCCCCCGGCCCCCUUUGCCCCGGAGCUGCGCGCUGCUGGGCGGCGUGUCCCUGUUCUCGCUGGCGCUCAGCCUCCUGGUGCACUUUCGGAGCGCGGAGCUGCAGUCCCGCCUGGGCCGGCUGGAAGCCGAGCAGCGGCGCCCGCCCCCGCAGCAGCCCCCGCAGCCCCCCGCCUGGCUGGCCGCGCACCAAAUGGAGGAGGCUAUUUUGGGAAGAGUCAACCAGCUGCUGGAAGAGAAACUGAAACUUCAUUUGACCAAGCGACGAGAGCCUCGGGAUACAUCGUUGAGAUGUAACUGUCCGCCAGGACCCCCUGGUCCCGCAGGAAGACCUGGACUUCCGGGAGACAAAGGCGCCCUUGGGAUCCCGGGACGAGUGGGACUCAAGGGCCAGCCAGGAGAGAAGGGAGCACCGGGAGAUGCCGGAAUGUCUAUUAUCGGUCCUCGCGGUCCCCCGGGUCAGCCCGGCACAAGAGGCUUUCCUGGAUUUCCGGGUCCCAUCGGCUUAGACGGCAAACCGGGUUUCCCUGGCCCGAAGGGGGAGAUGGGUCUGUCGGGUCCCAAGGGACAACCGGGACCUCCAGGACAAAAAGGAGAAAAGGGUCAGUGUGGAGACUAUCCCCACAGGCUGCUGCCUCUUCUCAAUUCGGUGCGGCUUGCGCCACCCCCCGUCAUAAAAAGACGCACCUUCCAGGGUGAACAGGGACAAGCAGGCAUCCAAGGCCCCCCUGGGCCGCCUGGUCCCCCUGGACCUGCCGGACCCAUUGGCCCUCUGGGUAACCCAGGAGAACCAGGGCCCAUGGGGCCCCCUGGCAGAACAGGAGAGCCAGGGAAACCAGGCAAGGACGGAAAGGGCUUACCUGGACCUCCUGGACCAAAGGGAGACCCCGGAAUUCAGGGAUAUCAUGGACGAAAGGGUGAGAAGGGAAGUUCUGGUACUCCCGGCCUGCCUGGAUUCCUGGGCCAGAAGGGAGAGAAAGGGGAUGCAGGCAAUGCCAUUGGAGGAGGACGAGGGGAGCCAGGGCCCCCAGGGAUACCAGGACCGCCAGGACCAAAAGGAGAAGCUGGCACCAGUGGCCAGACUGGGCCUCCUGGGAGGCAAGGAGACAAGGGAGAAAUCGGCGCCCCUGGAGAACAGGGACCUGCCGGCCCCAAGGGUGCCAAGGGAGAGCCGGGCAAAGGUGAAAUGGUGGAUUACAAUGGAAACAUCAAUGAAGCUCUCCAGGAGAUCCGCACUUUGGCCUUGAUGGGACCUCCUGGACUCCCAGGGCAAACAGGCCCACCAGGAGCUCCUGGUGUACCAGGACAAAAGGGAGAAAUUGGUCUGCCAGGUCCUCCAGGACAUGAUGGGGAAAAGGGACCUCGAGGAAAACCAGGAGAGACUGGCCCCCCUGGUCUCCAAGGACCACAAGGAAAGGAUGGACCUCCAGGGCCAAAAGGAGAAAAAGGAAAUGUGGGGACACCUGGAGAGAAAGGGGAAACAGGACAAGUUGGCUCCCCGGGUCUUGAUGGCCCCACUGGAGAGAAAGGAGAACCAGGUGACCAAGGGAAACCAGGAGCUGCGGGAUUGCCUGGUCCAAUUGGGCUCCCGGGAUUUACAGGAGAGAAAGGAGAACCUGGAGAGAAGGGUGACCCAGGAACAGAGGUAUCUGGACCACCAGGGCCCCAGGGUCCCCCAGGACCUGCAGGUCUCCAAGGCGUUCCUGGACCAAAGGGGGAAGCUGGACUUGAUGGAAUGAAAGGAGAGAAGGGUGUCCAGGGAGAAAAAGGAGACCGAGGUCCAUUGGGAUUGCCUGGUGCUUCAGGUUUGGACGGCAGGCCUGGGCCACCGGGUACUCCAGGACCAGUUGGGGUUCCCGGCCCAGCAGGACCAAAAGGGGAAAGGGGCAGUAAAGGAGACCCUGGGAUCACAGGACCAAUGGGAGCAGCUGGGCUUCCUGGUUUGCACGGACCACCCGGUGACAAAGGAAACCGGGGGGAAAGGGGGAAGAAAGGCUCUAGGGGGCCUAAAGGGGAUAAGGGAGACCAAGGAGCGCCUGGAUUAGAUGCCCCCUGUCCAUUGGGGGAAGAUGGCUUGCCAGUCCAGGGCUGCUGGAAUAAGUGAUGGCCCUAACCUUGGAUUGGCCUGUGUGUGUGUUUGUACAUAGGAUAUUUAUUUUUAUACAGUUCUUUCUUUUUGGAAAUGCCAGACGUUAUGAUGCAUCUUUUACAGAUUAUCCCCAACCAAAAAAAGCACCCUGCAUUUUUGUACAGAAAUUAUCGAACAUUCCACCCCCCUUCCUGUCUCCAAGAUUUUUUUGGUAUAAUUUUUUUGUCCAUGAUGCACGUUUGUUUGUGAGCACAGCUUCAAUGUUUGCAUGAUAUUUGUGCACCCUCGUUAAUUAACUGUUGGAGUUUUAAUAAAUUAUUGCAUUACCGUGCCAAAGGGAGCUGUCCAGCACUAAAGUGCUGGCUAGUUCAUAAGUGAGUCCAGAGGAAAAUAAUAUGAAGGUCAAUGGUAUUUGCCAAGCUAGGCGUGCCUGAGAAUAUUUUAAGCGUGUGGAUUUUUCAUUAUUAAAAAUGAACAUGGUAACUUCUGAUCCUUUUUGGUCAUUAAAUUUAUCAAAAGA